CGUGCAUUUUCGUGAUAUUCCAGUACUUUAAGCUCCAUUAUUUACAAGGUUGAUAUGCUGUGAACCGUGAAAGAGCAGCCCAGGCCGAGCAGGCCGCGAGGCCAGCUGUCAGGGCGGAUUCCGCUUACACCAUAGCAUUAACAGCGAAUUUGAUAGCCAGCAAAAGGUCUAGUCGUGAGCUUCCUUCUCCAAAGGGGUAAUGGCUUGCAGUUCUUGUGUUUUCGUUGCCAGCGCUUGGUUCGGUUAAGUGCUGCAUGCUUAGGUUGAAUGGCAGCUGUAUCGCCCAAUGCGGCCAAUGCGGCGCCUCCAUCUCGCUGGGCAAAGACGAAAACCUUCGUUAUCAAAAAUUAUUUGCCACUGGCGUUCCUUGUCGCACUCGGCUUGGCAUUGGCGUGGCCAGUGCCGGGGCGAUUCCUAGCCCACGUUUCGAUCCUGGGCAAUGUCCGAAUAGUGCAGGUGGUAGCUAUGUCCAUCGUUUUCCUAAUCACUGGACUGCAACUUAAUACCUCGGAGCUAAAGCGCGCUCUGGCCCCACGUAACUUACUUGCCGUAUUUUACGGCUUUGUUGCCAUCUUGGUGGCUACGCCCUGCCUCGGCUUCGCCCUCCGUUCAGCCCCCCUGGAGCCGCGUGCAUUUGCUACAGGUCUUGCCAUCUUCUGCGUCGCUCCCACCACCCUGGGAGUGGGUGUUGCGCUUACCACAGCCUGCGGCGGCAACGAGGUACUCGCGCUGCUGCUGACGGUUGGCACCAACGCCCUGGCGGUAGCCACCAUGCCGCCGGAGCUGCGGCUGCUGUUCCCACCACGGGAAGCAGCAGGGGGAGGAGGAGGAGGCGGUGGAGGUGGUUCAGCAGGAGGUGAUAGCUCAGGGGCUGAUGAGGGGGCAGAUGCUCCGCUGAACGUGGACGUGCAGGUGACGGACUUGCUGGUAAAACUGGCCAUCUCGGUGCUUGCGCC